AUGGAAUCGGAUGAAAAUCGACAUAAUAAAAAUCGUUCGAGAAAACAUUCCUUAACAGCACAACUUUCACGAACAGCCAGACGUUUUUCCGCUACAGUGGCACCACAACUGAUAAAACUUGAUCCAUUACCAUUACUUCAAAAUUAUGAAAUGCUUAAUAUAAGACUAGCAAACAAUGAACAGCUUCAAGCAGCUGUCGAGGGGUUUAUUAUCAAAAACAAUGUAAACUUCAAUCCGAUUGAUUUUAAAAUAACAGAUGCAAACAAUGUUGCUGUACUCAGUGUUAGUUUACAUCCUGAGGAAAUGAUUCUUUCUAAAGGCACCAAGAAGAUUUUUUCGAUCACAUUCGGUGAUUCCGAUUCUGAAGAAUGUGGAACUGUGAUAGCUACAAUCAGGCAUCCAUUAUCAGGCAUGCGAAUAUUCGAAUUUUUGGAAUUACCAUGCUCAAAUAUUGUCCAAGUCACAUCAUAUGUUGAUCAAUGUGAUCGUUGUCAAAUUAAACUCGUAUCAAACUCAAUUUUCAAUUUCUUCGCAUUAUGUGGUCAUUGUUUCAUUAGACGCGCAAAAUGGCAAUUCAUAAAAGAAGACGAAAUUUAUGCAUUCAUUCGACCUAAUGGUACAUUUUUCGAUGAAAAUUCAUUACGAUUGGAAUGGAUGCCAAAAGCAGAUAAUGAACUACGAAUGAUUGUCAUUGCAUAUGGGAUGACACAAAUGGUUCGGGAAGUAUUUCCCUCCCUGAAUCAUAUCAUAAAUGAACAGUAUCAACAAAAAAAUGCUGAUGAUAUGCGUCGAUUAGAUAAACCAUCACAUGAAACUGUGUCACGUAUGAAACUUGAUGUCGAAAUUUAA